UGGUUCAAGCUCACAUCAUUGUACCACCUAAAGGACUUGGGACUUUUCUUGGAUUUUGUCUGUCUGACUGAAAGAUGGGUGACGCCCUCAUGGCAGAGUUUGGACCUGCUGCUCCGUUCUUACGGAAGUCAGACAAGGAGCGUCUGGAGGCCCAGACUCGGCUCUUCGACAUGAAGAAGGAAUGCUUUGUGCCCGACCCUGAGGUCGAGUACGUCAAAGCCUCCAUCACCAGUAGAGACGGUGACAAAGUCACUGUUAACACUGAAUUUGGGAAGGGUACUCUGGAGGAUCAAAUCAUCCAGUGUAAUCCUGCUCUGGAGGCUUUUGGUAAUGCCAAGACCAUCAGAAAUGACAACUCUUCCAGAUUCGGUAAAUUUAUCCGUAUCCAUUUUGGAGUCAGUGGAAAGUUAGCUUCUGCUGACAUUGAGACGUAUCUGCUGGAGAAGUCUCGUGUCACUUAUCAACUCAAGGCUGAGAGAGACUACCACAUCUUCUACCAGAUCCUGUCUCAGAAGAAACCAGAACUGCUGGAGAUGCUGCUCAUCACCAACAAUCCCUAUGACUAUUCCUUCAUCUCCCAGGGAGAGACACAAGUGGCUUCUAUUGAUGACCGUGACGAGCUGAUGGCCACUGAUGAAGCGUUUGAUGUGCUGGGCUUCACCCAAGAGGAGAAGAACAGCAUCUAUAAGCUGACUGGUGCCAUCAUGCACUACGGCAACAUGAAGUUCAAGCAGAAGCAACGAGAGGAACAGGCAGAGGCUGAUGGGACUGAGGAUGCUGACAAAGUCGCAUAUCUAAUGGGACUAAACUCAGCUGACGUGAUCAAGGGUUUGUGCCACCCAAGAGUCAAAGUUGGAAAUGAGUGGGUCACCAAGGGACAGAAUGUCCAGCAGGUAAAAAAUGAGAAGAAUAUUCGAAUCUGCAGAAAGGGAUUCCCCAACAGGAUCCUGUAUGGAGAUUUCAAACAACGGUACCGGAUCCUAAAUCCAGCUGCUAUCCCUGAGGGACAGUUCAUUGAUAAUAAGAAGGGUGCGGAAAAGCUUCUGGGUUCUCUGGACAUUGACCACAGCCAGUACAAGUUAGGACAUACUAAGGUGUUUUUUAAGGCUGGUCUUCUGGGUACUCUUGAAGAGAUGAGAGACGACCGUCUUGCACUUAUUAUUACUGGAAUUCAGUCCAGAUCUCGUGGUUUUCUAUCAAGAAUGGAGUUCCAGAAAAUUGUGGAGAGAAGAGAUUCUUUGUUGGUGAUUCAGUGGAACGUACGUGCCUUCAUGGGUGUCAAGAAUUGGCCCUGGAUGAAGCUCUACUUCAAGAUCAAACCUCUGCUGAAAUCUGCGGAGACUGAGAAAGAGAUGGCCAACAUGAAGGAAGAAUUUCUGAAGUUGAAGGAGGCUUAUGCCAAAUCUGAAGCUCGCAGAAAGGAGCUUGAGGAAAAGAUGGUUUCCCUUCUCCAAGAGAAGAAUGACCUUCAGCUUGCAAUGCAGUCUGAGCAAGAUAAUCUUUGCGAUGCUGAGGAGAGAUGUGAGGGUCUGAUCAAGAACAAGAUCCAGUUUGAAGCCAAAGUCAAAGAAAUGACUGAGAGACUGGAGGAUGAAGAAGAAAUGAAUGCUGAGCUGACUGCCAAGAAACGAAAGCUGGAGGAUGAAUGUUCUGAACUCAAGAAGGACAUUGAUGAUCUUGAACUCACUCUGGCCAAAGUGGAGAAAGAGAAACAUGCCACUGAAAACAAGGUUAAAAAUCUCACAGAGGAAAUGUCAGCACUUGAUGAAAUCAUUGCUAAGUUGACCAAGGAGAAGAAAGCUCUGCAGGAGGCCCAUCAGCAAACACUAGAUGACCUCCAGAGUGAGGAAGACAAAGUCAACACUCUCACCAAAGCCAAAGCCAAGCUGGAGCAACAAGUGGAUGAUCUUGAAGGUUCCCUGGAACAAGAAAAGAAAAUUCGCAUGGAUCUUGAGAGAGCUAAAAGAAAGCUUGAGGGUGACUUGAAGUUGACUCAAGAGAAUUUGAUGGACUUAGAAAAUGAUAAGCAGCAGAUGGAUGAGCGGCUAAAGAAAAAAGACUUUGAGAUCAGCCAGCUCAACAGCAAGAUUGAAGAUGAGCAGGUUAUGGCAGCCCAACUCCAGAAGAAACUGAAGGAGCUGCAGGCCAGAAUUGAAGAGCUUGAGGAAGAGCUGGAGGCUGAGAGAGCUGCUCGUGCCAAAGUUGAGAAACAGAGAGCUGAUCUGUCCAGAGAACUGGAGGAGAUCAGCGAGAGGCUGGAGGAGGCUGGUGGAGCCACUGCUGCUCAGAUCGAGAUGAACAAGAAACGUGAAGCAGAGUUACAGAAACUGCGCAGAGACCUUGAAGAGGCUACUCUGCAACAUGAGGCCACCGCUGCUACACUGAGGAAGAAACAUGCCGACAGUGUAGCUGAUCUGGGAGAGCAGAUUGACAACCUUCAGAGAGUGAAGCAGAAGCUGGAGAAAGAGAAGAGUGAACUCAGACUGGAACUGGAUGACGUGGUCUCCAACAUGGAGCAGCUUGUAAAGGCAAAGGCAAACCUGGAGAAAAUGUGCAGAACUCUGGAAGACCAGAUGAGUGAGUACAGAACCAAGGCUGAGGAAGGCCAGCGCACAAUCAAUGACUUCACCAUGCAAAAAGCCAAGCUGCAAACUGAGAAUGGUGAACUGUCCAGACAGCUAGAGGAGAAAGACUCCCUGGUGUCUCAGUUGACCAGAGGCAAGCAGUCCUACACUCAGCAGAUUGAAGACCUCAAGAGACAACUAGAGGAAGAAAUCAAGGCUAAGAAUGCCCUGGCUCAUGCAGUUCAGUCUGCUCGUCAUGAUGCUGAUCUGCUGAGGGAACAGUAUGAGGAGGAACAAGAAGCCAAAGCUGAGCUGCAGCGCAGUAUGUCCAAGGCAAACUCUGAGGUGGCUCAGUGGAGAACCAAGUAUGAAACUGAUGCCAUCCAGAGGACUGAGGAGCUAGAGGAAGCCAAGAAGAAACUGGCUCAGCGUCUGCAAGAUGCAGAAGAAGCUGUGGAAGCAGUCAAUGCUAAAUGCUCCUCACUAGAGAAGACCAAGCACAGGCUGCAGAAUGAGAUUGAAGAUCUCAUGGUAGAUGUGGAGAGAUCCAAUGCUGCUGCUGCAGCUCUGGACAAGAAGCAAAGAAACUUUGACAAAGUUCUGGCUGAGUGGAAGCAGAAGUAUGAGGAGUCCCAAACUGAACUGGAAAGUUCUCAAAAAGAAGCUAGAUCUCUGAGCACUGAACUCUUUAAAUUGAAAAACUCAUAUGAGGAGUCAAUGGACCACCUUGAGAGCAUGAAGAGGGAGAACAAGAAUCUCCAAGAGGAAAUCUCUGACCUCACUGAGCAACUUGGUGAGAGUGGGAAGAAUAUUCAUGAGCUGGAGAAAAUUCGGAAACAACUGGAGCAGGAGAAACAAGAGAUACAAACUGCUCUGGAGGAGGCUGAGGGUUCCCUUGAACACGAGGAAAGCAAGAUCCUUAGAGCUCAGCUGGAGUUCAAUCAGGUCAAAGCUGAUAUUGAACGUAAGCUGGCUGAGAAAGAUGAAGAGAUGGAGCAGGCCAAGAGGAACCAGCAGAGAGUGGUUGAUACCCUGCAGAGCUCACUGGAAUCAGAGACUCGCAGCAGGAAUGAAGCUCUCAGACUGAAGAAGAAGAUGGAGGGAGACCUCAAUGAGAUGGAGAUUCAGCUCAGCCAGGCUAACAGACAGGCUUCAGAAGCCCAGAAGCAACUCAAGGGUCUUCAUGGACAUCUCAAGGAUUCCCAAAUUCAGCUGGAUGACGCUCUGCGCAGUAAUGAUGAUCUCAAAGAGAACAUCGCCAUUGUGGAGAGACGCAACAAUCUGCUGCAGGCUGAACUGGACGAGCUGAGAUCCCUGGUGGAACAGACUGAGAGAGGAAGGAAACUGGCUGAGCAGGAGCUGCUGGACAUCAGCGAGAGAGUCCAGCUCCUGCAUUCUCAGAACACCAGUCUGCUGAAUCAGAAGAAGAAGCUGGAGGGAGAUAAUUCUCAGCUUCAGACUGAGGUUGAGGAGGCAGUGCAGGAGUGCAGGAAUGCUGAGGAAAAAGCCAAGAAGGCUAUCACUGAUGCUGCCAUGAUGGCAGAGGAGCUGAAGAAGGAGCAGGACACCAGCGCUCAUCUGGAGCGCAUGAAGAAGAACAUGGAGCAAACCAUCAAGGACCUGCAGCACCGUCUGGAUGAAGCUGAGCAGAUCGCCAUGAAGGGAGGCAAGAAGCAGGUCCAGAAACUGGAAGCCAGGGUGAGAGAGCUGGAAAGUGAGGUGGAGAUAGAACAGAGAAAGGCCAGUGACUCUGUCAAGGGGAUUCGUAAAUAUGAAAGACGCAUCAAAGAACUCACCUACCAGACUGAGGAAGACCGAAAGAAUCUGGCUCGCCUGCAGGAUCUGGUGGACAAACUCCAGCUGAAGGUCAAGUCCUACAAGAGAGUUGCCGAGGAGGCUGAAGAACAAGCCAAUUCUAGUCUGGGCAAGUUCCGUAAGAUUCAGCAUGAGCUGGAUGAAGCAGAAGAGAGGGCUGAUAUUGCUGAAUCUCAGGUCAACAAGCUGAGAGCCAAGAGCCGUGAUACAGGAUCCAAGAAGGGGGCUGAUGAGGAGUGAAAAUAUUAACUGGAUCUCUGCAAACAUGGAUUGCUAUAAUGAUCUCUUCUGUAGUUUAGUAGAAUAAAGCAUUCAUGCAAAUGAA